AUGGAGGUGGAAGAGUGCACGGAGUUCAUCAUUCUCCAGGACCAGGCGACUCUCCUGGAGACGUUGAUAAAAAACCUAUCAAUUUUGAGACAUGAAGCCCCUCAAGUCGCCCUCAUCGACACUGAGCUGGAGGUGCUUCUCCUGAGUUUCAAGGAAAUCUCCAGUAAUUUAUCAAUAAAACUUGAAGCAUUGACGCAAUUAUCAGAGCGUUUAGAGAACGAGAAGAGGAAGGAAGUCGUUGAGUUCGUGGAGAACAUACAAGAGUCUUGGAAAAAGACAGUUAAAGAGAUUACCGAGGAGCACUCGAGCCUUUCGGUGGUGAGCAGAUCAGCCUACGGUCUCCCCCUGUCAUCCCUCCUAACCGACAUUAAACGAUCGACAUCGUCAAUCCAAGUGUCCCUGCAGAUCGGAGAGAUGAUAUACGACAACGAUUUCGUCGUCCAGGGCUUUCUCUACUGCAACGAGAUCUCCAAGCUCCUGAACGACAUGGAGGGCUGUGACAAGCGCAUCCAGCAGUACCUGGUGACCCCGAAGGUCACCAGCUACCUCCAGAGUCUCGAUGCAACGGUGGAGGCCUUCUCCCAGAAGAACAGUCUCCUUCCACCGAACGAGCAACAGCUGGAGGUCUUCUCCAAGGUCUCGUCCCUCCUCACCGAGGAACUCCUCGGCUGGGAGCCGGAGGAUCCUGCGGUUGUGUUGAAGGAGAGCAAUCCCAAGAAACCAGUCUUCAUUACUAAGAAUGCGAAACGAACUCAAGUGAAGAGACUGGCCAAUUUGCCGCUGUUCAAUUCUGUUCACAAGGAAAAAUCCGAGGAUUAA